AAUCCUGAAGCUAUAGCAAUACAGAUUAUGUAAGUAUAAGGUAAUUGCUUUAUUGAAUUUUGUUACUGGGUUUUCGUUUAUUUGCUUAAAGUUUACAACUUUAUACUUGCCCACCAACUGUUUGUUGAAAUGCCUGAAUGAAUUUUUCAGUAUAAUUUGAUAGUAUAAGCUGCAGGCUAUUUCUUGAAUAGGGAAUCUAAUAGGGAAAAAGUCAUCCGUUUAUCGUUUUCUUGAAUUCAUUAGCUAGAAAUAGAAUGGCUUUUUCGUCUUGUUUAAGUUGUGACCCAUGGACUUUACCUCUAAAUGUUAAACACCCACAUCCGUUUUCCGCUCCUACAAAGGUUUCACCUUUUGUAUUGUUUGCAUCCACUAAGCAAUAUGAACGACUUACGUCGGAAAAAGAAGUUAUUGAUAUCUUGCGUAGUGAAAACGAUGAGCAUUCGGUGCUUGAUGUGUUCAAAUGGGCUUUGAAGCAACCUAGUUUUGAACCAUCUUUGGGUGUUUAUGAGGAGAUGUUUAGGAAGCUCGGGGGUUUAGGUUCGGUGGAUUCGAUUAGGGGAGUAUUGGAUGAAAUGAAGCAGUCGUCGUGUAAGGUUGUUGAAGAUACUUUCUUUAUUUUGAUUGAAAGUUUUGCUAACAUUGGUUUGUAUGACGAGGCGAUUUGUGUUUUGUUUAUUAUGGAAGAAGAGUUUGGAGUGAAGCCGGGGACAUAUACUUAUAACUUUUUGUUGAAUGUGCUUGUUGAUGGAAAUAAGUUGAAGUUGGUUGAAGAUGUUCAUUCGUUGAUGAUGAGUAAAGGAAUUAGGAGGGAUGUUGCGACUUUUAAUAUCUUGAUUAAAGCUCUUUGUAACGCCCAUCAAAUGAGGCCUGCGAUUUUGAUGAUGGAAGAGAUGCCUAGCUAUGGAUUGGUACCUGAUGAGAAGACUUACACGACACUGAUGCAUGGUUAUAUUGAGCAAGGCAACAUGGAUGGGGCAUUAAGAAUCAGAGAACAGAUGGUUUCGGCUCAAUGUCAGUUGACCAACAUAACUGUAAACACUUUGAUUCAUGGAUUUUGCAAAGUUGGUCAAGUUUCAGAAGCGUUGGGUUUUGUUCAAGAGAUGUCAAAUGAAGGAUUUUGUCCCGAUCGGUAUACAUUCAACACUUUGGUUAACGGUUUAUGCAAAGCAGGACAUGUUAAGCAUGCUUUAGAGAUUUUGGAGGUAAUGCUUCAAGAGGGUUUUGAUCCAGAUGUAUUCACAUACAACACGUUGAUAUCAGGAUUAUGUAAGAUGGGUAAAGUUGAAGAGGCGAAUGAAAUCCUUAAUCAAAUGCUUGAACGAGAUGUUUCUCCAAACACGGUCACAUACAACACUAUAAUUAGUGGUUUGUGUAAAGAAAAUCAAGUUGAAGCAGCCUCUGAACUUGCUCUUUCUUUAACAAGCAAGGGUAUCACCCCCGAUGUUUGUACUUUCAAUUCACUAAUUCAAGGUCUUUGCUUGUCGGGAAAAUUUGAAAAUGCACUUCAAGUGUUCCAUGAUAUGCAGAGCAAAGGCUGUCAACCAGAUGAGUUUACUUAUAAUAUGUUAAUCGAUUGGUAUUGUACCAAAGGUAAAUUGGAUGCUGCUUUGAAACUACUUCGAGAAAUGGAAUCUACUGGUUGCCCACGAAACGUGAUAACUUACAAUACUUUGAUUGAUGGGUUUUGUAAAAACAAGAAAGUCGAAGAAGCGGGUGAAAUUUUUGACCGGAUGGAGCUUCAAGGGAUAUCAAGGAACGUGGUAACUUAUAAUACACUUAUAGAUGGUCUUUGCAAGAAUAGACGGGCUGAAGAGGCAGCUAUGCUUAUGGACCAGAUGAUAAUUGAAGGAGUAAAACCCGAUAAGUACACUUAUAAUUCCCUUCUUUCUCACUUUUGUAAAGCGGGUGAUAUUAAGAAAGCAACAGACAUUGUUCAGGUUAUGGUCACAAACGGAUGUGAACCAGAUAUCGUCACUUAUGGGACUUUAAUUCAAGGGUUGUGUAAAGCAGGAAGGAUUGAUGUUGCUUGUAGGUUGCUUAGAAGUAUUCAAUUAAAAGACAUGGUUGUGACACCAUACGCAUAUAAUCCUGUUAUACAAACAUUGUUUAAAAAACGGGGUGCAGAUGCUGCAAUGGAGUUUUUUAGAGAAAUGGAGCAAAAGGGUUGUACUCCCGAUGAGGUGUCAUAUAGGAUUGUUUCAAAAGGGUUGUGUUCUGGUGGAGGGCCGAUUAGGCAAGCUGUUGAUUUUGUAUUUGAAAUGACUGCAAAAGGUUUUACACCUGAAUUUCAAUCCAUUUAUAUGCUGGCUGAAGGCCUUUGUGCCCUACAAAUGGAGGAUACCUUAGUUAAGCUAAUGGAUCAGAUUAUGAAAACUGCAAAGUUCUCGGAAAAUGAAGUGCGUAUGAUCAUGGGUUAUCUUAAAGUUCGCAAAUUUGAAGAUGCGUUGAUGACUUUGGAUCGUUUUCUUAGUAUCCGGAAGCCCAAGAGAGGUUACUGGUGAGGUAAACCGAUCAACUUUGGGUCAACUUUUGGUGCAGUUUAUGUGCACCUGUUAUUGUCCGCUGCAAUGCAAUUCAGGAGAUGGGCUAUAGGAGUUUCACCCGCACUAUAUUGUCUAUUUGUGUAUGAGACAUUAUGUAUGAGACGUUGUGUAUGAGACAUUAUCAAUACUACAUUGUGUA